AUGACGACUUCUACUAAUGCUAAUGCUGCUUCAAAGGGAGGAAAGUCAUUGGUCUUUCAUUGGUUCCGAUUGGGCGACAUGCGCCUUCACGACAAUCCGGCGCUCCAAAAGAGUAUCCUGCAGGCAGGCAACAACAAGAAUAUUGUUCCGGUGUUCUGUUUUGAUCCCCGCAUCUUUGGAAAUGGGGCUCGGAGUAGAAUCAACAACGAACUCAAGUGUGGUCCCAAACGAGCGCAAUUUGUAUUGGAAUCCGUGGCAGAUUUACGACGUAAUUUGGAACGCAAAGGAUCCGGAUUGCUGGUGGCUCACGCCAAGCCAGAAGACUUUUUGGAUCAGCUCUUUCAACAACUUGGAGGAGAUGAUGCCGUGACCAAUGGGAAAGUCAUUUGUCAGGAAGAAGUUUGUAGCGAAGAACAGGAUGUUGUCAAGGCUGUGGAUACUGCCCUUCGAAAGCGAUGUGCUUCCCGUCUGCCUUUGGUGGAGACUGUUUGGGGAUCUACGCUUUACAAUAUUGAAGAUUUGCCGUACCAAACUGGCCUGGCAGAUCUUCCUGAUUCGUUCACCCCAUUCCGAAACAAGGUGGAAAAGAAAUGUGAAAUCCAAACCCCAUUUGCAGCUCCCAACAGCAUGAAACUUCCAUUUGCAGCCGACAGUCCGCAAGGCAAAGCGCUUCAGCCUCAUUUGUCCUACAUUCCAACACUCCAGGAUCUAGGAUACACCUCGGAGCAAAUGGAAGAAGCCAAACACAAAUCCAUUGGCAACUUGGAAUUCGUUGGUGGAGAGACAGCUGCUUUGGCCCGCGUCGAAAACUACAUUUGGACACAAGAUCGGCUCCAAAUCUACUUUGAUACCCGCAAUGGAAUGCUGGGCGACGACUACUCGUCCAAGUUGGCUCCCUGGUUGGCACACGGCAACGUGUCUCCUCGGUUCAUUGCCAAGGAGUGCAAACGAUACGAACAGGAGCGAGUUGAGAACAAAUCCACCUAUUGGCUUGUAUUUGAACUGCUUUGGCGGGACUUUUUCAAGUUCUUUUCCCUCAAGCAUGGGACCUCGCUCUUCUUUCCUGGUGGACCGGUGGGAAACGACAAAAAGUGGCAUCAUUACGAGAAGAACCUGCAGGCUUGGAAAGAGGGAAAGACGGGAUUUCCAUUAGUAGACGCCAAUAUGCGAGAGCUUGCUGCCUCGGGGUUCAUGUCCAACAGGGGGCGGCAAAAUGUCUGCUCCUUCUUGGCGUUGGAACUGAAUCAGGAUUGGCGGUACGGAGCCGAGUACUUUGAAAACAUUUUAGUUGAUUACGAUGUCUACUCCAAUUGGGGCAAUUGGGCCUCUGGGGCUGGCAUGACAGGAGGCCGUCUCAAUCGAUUCAAUAUUGUCAAACAAAGCAAAGACUACGAUCAGCACGGUGACUACGUUCGCCACUGGGUACCUGAACUGAAAAACGUACCCACAAAGUUUGUGCACGAGCCAUGGAAAAUGACGCAGUUUCAGCAAAUGGAAUACGGCUGCAAACUUGGAGUGGACUAUCCCAAUCCCAUUGCCAAACCCUACUACCCACAAGGUGGAGGCAAAGGAGGCAACAACAAAAACGGUGCCCACAAGGGACGAGGAAACAACAAUCGGAACAAGCCCAAUCCCAAUCGGGGGCGAGGUCAGAAACAAGACAUGAAGAGCUUGAAAGAAGGAAAGAUCCACAUGAAGUAG